AUGCCUGGAAACAUCAGAUCAGUGCCUGUUGUGUGGGUGGUGUUGGUCUGUCUGUUGUUCUGCAGCAGACUAACCAGUGUAGAUGCAGCACCAAUCUGUACCAAUGCCCAAGCUGUGUGCCAUGUCCUUUCCCUGGCCAACCUAUUUGACCGGGUCAUCCAACACUCAGCCAGGAUGCAUGGCAUUUCAAAUGACCUUCACUCCGAAUUUGAGCAGUACUUCCUGCCCAGUAAGAAUCAAAUCGGCCGGGUCAGUCGCAACUGUCACACCUCCACCAUCCUUACUCCAAAUGGCAAGGAGAAUGCUCAGAGAAUGGCGAGAGAGGAGCUGACUGAGGUGAUUCUGAGGCUCCUCUUGGCUUGGAGGGAUCCUCUUUGGCAUUUCCACCAGAGCAUGACUCACCACGACUUCAACAACUUCAGUUCCAAUAAAGCUCUUGAGAUGAGUGACAUGGUGCAUGAACUACGAAAAGGCGUAGAGAAAGUGGCUGAGAAGAUGCAGAUGCUGGGAAUAAGUAACUCUGUCAGCAGCCUGGCUUCUCCUGAGGCUUUAUUGCCAUCUGACAGUGCUGAGUGGCGGCAGAUGAAAGACUAUGACCUCCUCUACUGCUUUCGCAGAGACUCCAACAAGGUCCAGAACUACCUGAAGAUUCUUAAGUGUCGCAUUGUUCCAGAGCAUGGAUGCUAAAGGGAGCCUGUCUUGAGCUUCCAGAAAUAAACACAUUGGAAUGGAAAUGGUUUAGUUAGAAACAUGGAUAAAGCUGUAGUUUUUGUUGUGUUUUCUAUCUGCAGGGUAUGGGAU